UUAACAGAAUGGAGCAAGGAUAUGGAGCCACAACAGCUCAAGAUGAUCCAGAUGGAAAGUACAACUUGCAUUUCUCAAGUCAAACAGUCCGGGCGGCCUUCGUCAGAAAAGUGUUUAUGCUUGUCACAAUUAUGUUUGCCAUCACAGCAGCGUUCUGUGUAAUUCCUAUGGUAUCAGAACCGUUUCAGGAUUGGGUUAAGAACAACUUUUGGGUAUAUUUCAUUGCGAUAAUUGUAUUUUUGGUUGUUGCAAUUGCGUUGUCUUGCUGUGGUAAUUUGAGAAGGCAAUUUCCAGUCAAUAUCAUUCUUCUCACUAUUUUCACUCUCUCGGCAGCAGUCAUGACAAUGUUUGUUACUGCUUGUUAUAAUGUUCAAUCAGUUUUAAUUUGUCUAUGUAUCACCACAGUAUGCAGUGGAUCAGUCAUUAUUUUCUCGAUGAAAACGAAAUCAGAUUUGACGAGCAAAAUGGGAAUCGCUUUCAUGCUUUCAAUGGUUCUUUUCUCAUUUGGAAUCUUUGCACUCAUCUUCACUUUGGCAUUCAAUUGGCAAUUCCUUUAUUCCGUUUAUUCUGGACUUGCUGCUCUUUUAAUGAUGUUCUAUUUGGCUAUUGAUGUACAACUUCUGAUGGGUGGUCGUAAAUAUGAAUUAUCACCAGAAGAUUACAUUUUUGCUGCGAUGGAAAUCUUUUUGGACAUUCUGAAUAUCUUCCUGAUGCUUCUCAACAUCUUUGGAAGAGGUCGUUAGAUCUUUUCACAUUUUUAUAUGUUUUAUUGUUUGCUGUAAAUACAUGUUUUAUUUCAUUCAAAAAUAUAUAUUAAGUUUCAUUUCAC